CCUUCGAAUAUUUGUUCUCAGUCGGAUUGGAGAAUUGUUGCACGGUGACAAACUUCCCAUUCAUCGUUUCCUCUGCACGUGUGAGACCAAACCAGGAGUUUACCAGGAGGAAUUCUGCGGACGGUUUAGUUUUCAGAGAGCAAGAUGGAUGCGAAGGUAAAGAAACAGAAGAAGCACCAGCAGAAACACAGCGGACCAAAGGCAGAGAAGAAGAAAGCCAAGAAACAGGAGGGAUCGAUUGAAGAAGAUGAGCGCAAACGUAACCCCAAAGCGUUUUCGGUUCAGUCUGCUGUCCGCAUGGCCAAGACCUUCCACAGGGCCCAAGACAUCAAAGCUAAAAAGCACCACAUCCCUGUAGUGGACCGAACCCCACUGGAACCUCCGCCAGUUGUGAUUGUGGUGGUUGGACCCCCAAAGGUGGGAAAGAGUACCCUGAUCCGCUGCCUGAUCAAGAAUUUCACCAGACAGAAGCUUGGAGAUAUAUGUGGACCUGUGACUAUUGUGUCCGGUAAGAAGCGUCGGCUGACGUUCAUGGAGUGUAACAACGACAUCAACACGAUGAUCGAUCUGGCUAAGGUGGCAGACCUGGUGUUGAUGCUAAUUGAUGCUAGCUUCGGCUUUGAGAUGGAGACCUUUGAGUUCCUCAACAUUUGUCAGGUUCAUGGUUUCCCUCGUAUAAUGGGUGUCCUGACUCACUUGGAUUCAUUCAAGAACAACAAGUCACUCAGGAAGACGAAGAAAACCCUGAAGCACCGCUUCUGGACCGAAGUCUACCAGGGGGCCAAGCUGUUCUACCUGUCUGGGAUGGUCUACGGGGAGUACCAGACCCAGGAGGUGAAGAACCUGGGCCGCUUCAUCUCAGUCAUGAAGUUUCGUCCUCUGGUGUGGCAGACGUCUCACCCCUAUCUGCUGGUUGACCGUAUGGAGGAUUUAACGGACCCAGAGCAGGUCAGGACGGAUCCUAAAUGUGACCGGACGGUGUCUCUGUACGGCUACCUGAGAGGGGCACAUCUGAAAAACAAAAGCCAGGUCCACAUCCCAGGUGUAGGAGACUUCCAGGUGGGAGACGUGGGCUUCCUGUCCGACCCGUGUCCACUUCCUGAUGCUCAGAAGAAGAGAGCUCUGAAUGAGAAGGAGCGCCUGCUGUAUGCCCCCAUGGGAGGGGUGGGGGGGCUGGUUUAUGACAAGGACGCCGUCUACAUCGACCUGCCCGCCAGUCACGUCAACCAGCUGCAGGAGGAGGCGCGCCCCACCACGGAGCUGGUCCAGUCUCUCAUUGACGCACAUUCUACUCUGGACACCAAGAUGGCUGCCAGUAAGGUGUCUCUGUUCACUGGCUCAGCCACUCUGGACCCGUCGCACAUCAGCCAACACACCAGAGAGAAGGAGAUACUUGAAGAACAAAGUGUCUGGGAUCCCACCACCAACAGAGAGCGAAGGAAGGUGAUUUUCACCCAGGAGGAGGAGGAUGUCAGUGAGGAAGAUGAUAGCGAAGGCAGUGACCAGGCUGAUGAUGAAGGUGAUGUUGAAUGUGAAGAGACGGCAACAGGUGGCGCUCCACCCCAGAAGAAGCAGAAGCUGGAGGCAGAGAGAGGAAGAACAGGAAGCUGUGCUGAGCUGCCGGUGUUCGCAGACAGCGAAGACGAGCUGGAGAUGAGUGAAGAGGAAGAGGAGGCAGGAACAUCUGGAGACUCUGGCCACAGUUCUGAAGAGGAAGAGGAUGAAGAAUCAGAGGAUGAGCUUACUAAUGAUGGCGAGGAAGAGCUGGGCAAGCAGCACUCUGAAAGAGAGAGUGAGGAAGAUCAGGAGGAGGGGGCUCUCAGAUGGAAGGAGGGUCUGCAGCAGAAAGCAGCGGAGGCGUUCCUACGGCAACAAGAGGCUGCCCCAAAUUUGAGAAAACUUGUUUAUGGUUCAGUUGUUGAGGUGACAGAAUCGGAGGAAGAGGAGGAGGAACUGGGAGGGCUGUUCAGAGUGAGCCGACCUCAGAAAAGCAAAAAGCUCCAAGCGAACGCUCUGGACUGUUCCCGUUUCCAUGCCGACACCGGCCACGACUGGGAUGUCCAAGAGGUGUUGGACUCCAUCAGGGACUGCUUCGUCACGGGGAAGUGGGAGGAAGGCCAGGAUGCAGCCACGCUGCUGAAACAAGACGAAGAGAUGUAUGGGGACUUUGAAGAUCUGGAGACGGGAGAAGUCCAUGUGAGCCAGCCUCAGGAUACACAGGACGAUGAUGAUGAUGGGGAUGAAGAGCCCCAGGUGAAGAUGGAUGAUGAAGAGGUUCAGAAGAACAAACGUUUGGAGAAGAAACGCCGACUGAAGGAACGGUUCAACUCCGAGUAUGAUGAUGGAGAUGCCACAUACUUCGACGACCUGAAGGAGGAACUGCAGAAGCAGGCGGAGCUGAACAGAGCAACGUUUGGGGACAUGGAUGAUGAGAGCAGGGUUCAGUAUGAAGGCUUCCGACCUGGAAUGUACAUCCGGAUGGAAAUUGGCUCUUUGCCUUGUGAGUUUGUGACAAACUUUGAUGCCCGUUAUCCCAUAAUCCUGGGUGGGCUGGGCUCCAGCGAAGGCAACUUAGGAUAUCUCCAGAUGCGACUAAAGAAACACAGAUGGUACGAGCGGAUCCUGAAGACGAAGGAUCCUCUGAUCUUCUCCUUGGGCUGGCGCCGCUUCCAGACCAUCCCUCUGUUUCACAUGGAAGAUCACAACGGGCGCCACCGCCUGCUCAAGUACACGCCGCAGCACAUGCACUGUGGAGCCUCCAUCUGGGGUCCCAUCACACCCCAGGGUUCUGGUUUCCUGGCUGUGCAGUCGGUGACUGGAACUAAGGCCAGUUUUCGUAUCGCGGCCACUGGAGUCAUUCUGGAUCUGGACAAGUCGGUGACUAUAGUGAAGAAGCUCAAGCUGAUUGGAUAUCCAUUCAAGAUCUUUAAGAACACCUGCUUUGUUAAGGGUAUGUUCAACACUGUGCUGGAAGUGGCCAAGUUUGAAGGAGCCUCGGUGCGAACCGUGUCAGGGAUCAGGGGUCAGAUCAAGAAGGCUCUGUCUUCACCUGCAGGAGCUUUCAGAGCCACAUUUGAGGACCGACUGCUCAUGAGUGACAUUGUGUUCCUGCGCUCCUGGUACCCAGUGUCAGUACCUCAGCUCUACAAUCCUGUCACCUCUCUGCUGCUCCCUGCUGGUCAGAAGGACAGCUGGUCAGGCAUGAGGACCCUGGGGCAGCUCAAACACGACCUGGGCAUCCGCAACAAACCCAACCCCGACUCUCUGUACAAGCCGGUGGUCCGAGCUCCGCGCCGCUUCAAUCCGCUCCAUAUUCCCAAGGAGCUUCAGAAGGCCCUCCCCUUCAAGAGCAAACCCAAACAGCAGCAGCCCAAAGGAAAGACCCCCAGGGACCUCCAGAGGCCCAGCGUGAUCCGAGAGCCGCAUGAGAGGAAGGUGGCAGCACUUCUCCAUGCUCUGAGCACAGUCCACAAUUACAAGAGGAAGAAUGCCCACAAGGUGCAGCACGCCAAACACAAAGAGUUCCUCCAGCAAAAGGAGAAAGAUGAGGAGGCUAAGCUGAAGAGGCAGAGGGAGGCUAAGAAGAAGCUGUACAGAGUGAUGGGUCAGAAGGACCAGAAGAAGCAGCGCUCCAGCCUGAAGGGAGCGUCCAGCGACCUCUAGCUCCCUCACUGGACCUGUGUGUCUGAACUCUGGAGAACUAUGACGGACUGUUUUUAUGUCUCCCUGGAGACGCUUUUAUUAAGUAAAACCUGAUGUGAGCUCAGAUCUUCUGUUUAGGUCUGCACAUUAUGGUCUCUGGUUUCAUGACAGUACUACAACUUUGUUCUACAGUGGAAUAAAGAAAUGCGACAUCAGGA